CAAAACAAACACGUGUCUUUCUCCUGCGUUUUUGAAUGUUCUUCUGAGACAUGGAGGACAGAACGACCCGGGACUACGACACCGUCACGUCUUUCCUCGGCUCUUGGGGACGUUUCCAGCUCCGGGUGUUUCUGGCUCUCGCGGUGAGCAUCCUCCCCAACGGAUUUAUCGGGAUUUACAUCGUGUUUGUGGGGGACACGCCGCCGCAUCAGUGUAAAAUCCCGGACGGGUACAACUUAAGCGAGGCCUGGAGGAACGUGACGGUGCCGACGGAGACGCAGGACGGAGUCACCAGACCCAGCUCGUGCUCCAGACUGAACCUGGAGGUGGUGCAGAGUUACUCCGACAGAAACCUGCGGCCGGACGUGGACGUGAACGUGAGCGAGGUGCCGCGGGAGCCAUGUGUGGACGGGUGGACCUACAGCAGAGACAUCUACAGGUCGACCAUCGUCACAGAGUGGGACCUGGUGUGUGACCGAGCCUUCAAACUGCCCCUCACCACGUCCAUUCACUACGUGGGCGUCCUGGUCGGGGCUUUCCUGUCGGGGCAGAUCUCAGACAGGUUUGGGAGGAAACCCGCCCUGUUCUCCAUGAUGAUUCUUCAGACUGUGGCUGUGGCGGCUCAGAUCUUUUCUCCAAACUGGGAGAUCUUCGCCUUCAUCUUCUUCUUCGUUGGAGGUGGAGGAUUCUCAAACUACAUCAUCGCCUUUGUGUUAGGCACGGAGACGCUGAGCCCCAGAGCGCGCGUGGUCUUCUGCUCUCUGGGCGUGUUCAUGCCCUCCGCCCUCGGGUACAUGGCCAUGCCCGCGGUGGCCUACUUCUGCAGGGACUGGAGGACUUUACUGAUCCCGAUGGCGGCCAGCUCCUUCAUCUAUGUCCCGCUGUGGUGGCUGGUCCCAGAGUCUCCUCGCUGGCUCCUCUCUCAGGGACGAGUGGACGAGGCAGAGGCCAUUUUGAGAGAAGCGGCGAAAUGUAACAAAGUGGACGUCCCAUCGCCGAUUUUCACCAAAACAGAGGUGGAAGAAAUAGUGUCUAAAAAAGAAAAGAAAUACAACAUCAUCUCCAUUUUCCAAAACGGCAACUUGUUUUUGACGACGUUACUCUGCAGCGCCUUAUGGGUCAUUAUCACGCUCAGUUACUACGCUCUGCUCUUGAAUACGUCCAAUCUCCAUGGCGACCCGUACUUAAACUGCUUCAUCUCCGCGGCGACCGAGGUCCCGGCUUACAUCAUCGCUCUGAUCCUGCUCAGGUUUUUGGCUCGCCGCAUCUGCCAGUCGUCCACGCUGUUCAUCGGAGGGGCCAUGAUCCUCUGCGUGCAUCUCAUUCCAUUUGACCUCCCAGCCGUCGGCGUGUUCCUGGAGAUGCUGGGGAAGUUCGGGAUCACGUCGGCGUUCUGUAUCGUCUACGCCGUUUCCUCGGAGCUGUUCCCGACCGUGAUCCGGAACACGGCGAUGGGAUGCUGCUCGAUGGCGGCGCGCGUCGGCACCAUCGUCUCCCCAUUUAUCAUUUACCUCGGUCGUUUCUAUAAGUCUCUGCCGUACAUCCUCAUGGGCGUCCUCGCUCUGUCUGGAGCUCUGCUCUGUCUCAUUUUACCUGAAACCUUCAGCCGGACUCUGCCUGAAACCAUCGACGACAUGCAGCCAGUGUGCAGGAGGAGGACGCAGAAGGACACGGCGCUGGACAAAGACCUGAGCACAUCUGAACAAACCAAACAAACUAAACUGUAAAAAACUGUGUCAUUACUGAACAAACUCCAGAUGUAAAUAAUAAAAUCAGACAAACACAAGAGACUCUGAAGAACGGGCCACGCGUCUGUAACAAACGGGUCAAAUGCUCCUUUAUGUGAGACAAGGCAAGUUUAUUUGUA